GUGACUUGGCUCAGACAUCAGGCUGCCUCUCUGUGCCAUUCUGCUUUAACUUGCCUGAGAGGGAGCACACUCGCUUUUCUUGCUCUUUAAGAAAUAUUUGCUUGCAAUUUCUUUGGCUUUAGGGCAGAUUAUCUGAAAUUCAUGCAUGAGAAAACAAUGCUGCUUUGGUAUAAGAGGAGACUUUGUGGAGCUGAUCGGAGUGUUCUUCUUACGCAGGGAUGCCCAAAUCUUUCCGGUGUCCACCCUACCCUUCAGACUGUUUCUUUUCUCCCUCUCUAUUGAGACUUUCCCCUCCGGAUCCCUGUGGCAUACAUGGGUCAGGUCAGCAGGAUUUCUCUUCCACCAGAGUUCUCUAAAGCUGUGUUAUGAUCCCCUUCCUCUGUGCCACAAUUGAGCCAAAGGCUUCCCAGGCAAAACAAAGGGAUUAACUAUGAACUUUGCACCCUUGGAGAGACAACGCUCUGCUAAACAGUAGACUGGAAAAUUUGAUCAAAGUAAACUCAGGUAUUACUCAAAAAGGAGCUGCAGUGGAGGAAAUUUCAAGAACCCCCAGGAGACAAAGGAAAGGUGCCAGUGGCUGCUUAUGCAUUGUUCCAUUUAUCUCUGAAGUUGGAACAGGACUAUGAAGUUCUUUUCUUGAAGUCAUCUUGCAAUCCAAGGGUUGAGAGUUCGAUUCCAGAUUCCUCCUGCCACAAGUUGAUGUGCCCUUGGACAAGCUUCCCUGUCUUUGCUGAAGAAAAGCACCUACGUGGCAAGUUUCUACCACCAACAUCUUCAACAGUGGAAAAGAUAUGUUCAACAUGAAGCACAGUAAGCUCUUCCUGAAAAUGGCAGAUCCAAACAUGCUCAUGAUGGAUGAACACCUGUAAUACCCAGAAGAUCAUGGAAGGAGAAAACCUAGUUAACUCCACCGGAAAUAACAGUACAAUGGACAUUAACCUGGGCACUCAGAGUCUUUGGGAGGUGAUCACCAUCGCGACUGUGUCUGCCAUAGUCAGCCUUAUUACCAUUGUGGGCAAUGUUCUUGUAAUGGUCUCCUUUAAAGUCAACAGCCAACUAAAGACUGUGAACAAUUACUACCUGCUGAGUCUGGCAGCUGCUGACCUCAUCAUAGGGGUUUUUUCUAUGAAUUUGUACACCUCUUACAUCCUGAUGGGCUACUGGGCUUUAGGAAACCUGUCAUGUGAUCUGUGGUUAGCAGUGGACUAUGUAGCCAGUAAUGCCUCAGUCAUGAACUUGCUUGUGAUCAGUUUUGACAGAUAUUUCUCAAUCACUCGGCCUCUGACUUAUAGGGCCAAACGGACUCCGAGACGGGCUGGUGUUAUGAUAGGUAUGGCUUGGCUGGUGUCUCUGAUUCUGUGGGCCCCGCCUAUUCUUUGUUGGCAAUAUUUUGUCGGUAAGAGAACUGUUCCUGAAAGGCAAUGCCAGAUUCAGUUUUUCUCUGAGCCUGUUAUAACAUUCGGGACAGCAAUUGCUGCUUUUUAUAUUCCUGUGUCGGUUAUGACAAUCCUCUACUGUCGAAUAUAUAAGGAGACAGAGAAGAGGACAAAAGAUUUGGCGGAGCUGCAGGGUGUUAACCAUCAAAUGCACUCUGGGGAGGUAGAGCCUCGGAAGAUCGUCUUAAGAUCAUGUUUUAGUUGUAAACUGAGAUCAACUUCACACGAUCAGAAACAUGCUUCCUGGUCAUCUUCCAGCAGGAGCAAUGCCAAAUCCACUGGGUCCACCAGCGAUGAGUGGUCCAAAGCUGGUCAGCUUACUACUUUCAACAGCUACGCCUCCUCUGAGGAUGAGGACAGGCCGGUGUCUCCAGUGGGGCGCAAGCCCUCCCUCGGGAACCAGGUUUGCGAAGCAAGCAGAGGUGUUGUGGGCGGUGAGAGUGAGCAGCUCAGCAGCUAUGAUGAAGAUAGCUUCUUCCAGACACGUCCCAAAAGCAACUCUCAGAGGAGCAGCAAAUGUGUGUCCUACAAGUUUAAACCUGUGCCCAAAGAUGCUCACGUGGAACACCAGAGCAAAAACGGAAACACCAAGUUGGUGUCUUCAACGUUCUCCUCAGCUGAGUCUAUGAACGCUCCCUCCACCUCCUCAGUGUCCAAGCCUACAGAUACAUCUCUGAAAAGCCAGAUCACCAAGAGAAAAAGGAUGGUGCUGAUCAAGGAGAAGAAGGCAGCUCAGACUCUCAGUGCUAUCUUACUGGCAUUCAUCCUUACAUGGACUCCUUACAACAUCAUGGUGCUGAUUUCCACUUUCUGCUCAGACUGUAUCCCACUCUCCCUCUGGCACCUGGGCUACUGGCUGUGCUACGUCAACAGCACUGUCAACCCCAUGUGCUAUGCCUUGUGCAACAAGAACUUUCAAAAGACCUUCCGCAUGCUGCUGCUCUGCCGGUGGAAAAAGAAAAGGAUUGAGGAGAAACUGUACUGGUAUGGACAAAAUCCUGUAGUUAGCUCCAAGCUGACAUAAAUUACUUUCUUUUUUUGUAAAUUCUGGGUUUGUACCAACAAUCUUGGCAUUGUAAACUCAGAUUCUACAUGUUAGGUGAAGUGCAUUUUAAACUAUUAAUCAGUACAUAUGGUGUAGUGAAAAAUAACUGCUGCUAAAAUCCCCCAAAACAAGGAACAUAUGUAAUGUUUUACAAACCCAGACCUUCUUCACAUUUUGUCAUAAAACUGCAAACUUCAUUGUAUUAUAUUGGGAUAUUUUUAUGUAGCAGGCUUAUUGCAGGCUAAUGCAUAAUGGUGAAAUGGAAAGAAAAAAAUGUUUUUUACAAGGAAAGAAAAUAUCUGAAAAUGGUGGCAUGUAUUUAUAUUUCGCCAUUCGCUGGCUCCGCAUGUCUUUUGGAGAAUGUUUGAACCAGUUAUGCAAAUCCAGAGAUGGAAAUACAUGCCCAUUCAAAUUAACUGAAAAGUCAGAUUGGCCCAAGUACUAAUGAACAUAAGUGUUUCUUGCCAGAAAAUCUCUAUUGAAUUUACAUUGACUGGGAAAUUCCAACAUAUAAAUACACUUUGGUCUGAACCAUUCAGCUGUGGUUCAGGGUGUAUGUUUUGGGUCAUUGUUUUCCCUGAAGGUAAACCUCUGCCCCAGUAAGGCUUUCUUCUGGGAUUGUCUCAUAUUAGCUCCAUUCAGCUUCCCAUCAUUUCCCUUCUCUGUCCCUGCUGAAAAAAAUAAUCCCCACAUCAUGAUGCUGCCAUGAUCCCAUUUCUCCAUAAGGGAUGGCGUGUUCAGGAUGAUGUGCUGUGUUAGUUUUUCUCCACCAUAGUUUUUAAUAGUUUGCUGUGUACCCUAUAUAGCUGGUGGAAAACUGGAAAUUCGAGCUCUUCCUUCACCAGUGCUCUCUUACAAACCUCUGAGACUUUCUCAGAACGUUUGUAUUUAUACUGAGAUUAAUUUACACCUAGGGAUUUACUAAUUAAGUGAUGGCAGUUGGAUGCACUGAAUUUUAUUUAGGGGUAUUAGAGUAAAACAGGAUGAAUACAAAUGCAUACCAGACUCAUAGCAACAAUUGUUCAAAACCAUUUGUCAAAUCAUAUUCUAUCCAUGUCACAAUUAUGUGUACUGGUCUAUCAUGUUAAAUUCAGAAAAAAACAGAUUUUUUUGCUGUUAUCUGACUAAAUGUGAGAAGGGUUUAAGUGGUAUAAUACAUGUGAGGGACACUGUAAAUGUGACACUGUAAAUAGGUUUAAAAAUUAUAUAAAAUCCCAUUUUCUCGUGGGCUUUAUAAUUACGGCAUGUUGUGCAUUUUGUUAUAUAUUAGUAGUCCAGCAUUCAAUUUUGUCACCCAAAAUCGUUACGUUUUUUAGCAUUUUGUUUAUAGUUACAGACUUAAUUUUAAAGGGCUAAUAUUUUUCAUGUUCUAAUGUUUGAGAAUUCACCAUCUGCAUAAAAAAUCUUAACAUACUUUUGUCUGUCCUUUGUAAGAAUUAAAAUAUACAUUCGGUUUCAUUGGUAUCACGUCACCAGUCAUACUGAAGAUGGAUUUUAAGACAAACAUGUAAAUCAUUCUGAAUUACUUGCUAUUAUUGUCUUUGUUUACGUUAGGAGGGAGGCUGGAGGAAGUCAAUUUUCUAUACUUUCAUCCUCAGGAUUUUUGUCUUUCACUGGUUUUUAAAUAGCUUUAUAUUCUAAAUGUUGUAGCUAAAUGCUGCUAAAUCAUAUCUUUCCUGUGUCUCUGGCAAACAUGUAACAUUAUUUUGGAUUUUUUCAUUGAGUUUACUCUAGUAUAAGCUAUUAUGUUAUAUAUUUCUACAUGAUUACCUACAAUUUGGGGAAUUAAAGACAUGCUUUACUAUGACUAUACUGUAUAUAGAUGUGUAUUGGAGAUACAGGUAGAACUUAAUCUGUCCUGAAGUGUUUUUUUUUUUGUUUUUUUUUUACUGUGCUUGACGUUUGUGGCUCCUUUCAGUAUUUUGAUGUUGUUAAAGGUAUUUCUUAAUAAAAGGUGAGGAAGUAAAUAUCAAUCUCAGUGCCUAUCACUGACAAAUAUAUAUUGUCAGCAUCUGUAUUGUUUAUAUACUAUACAGUAUAUAUAUAUAU